AUGGUUUAUGCAGGGUCGUGGAAUGAUUUCAUUCAUACCACAAGGAAUAUUAUUUCAAAAUCUCCAGAUAAAACAAGAUAUGUGAUAAAAUUACAUAGACCUAGUGAAACAAUUAUAGUAAAAGUUACAGAUAAUAAUAAUAGUAUUAUGUACAAGUUAGAUAAGAAUGAUAAUAUGAAAAAAAUCGAAGAACUUAAUUCUCUUUUCUUAAUGUGGGGAACUAGUGAAAACACAAACGAACCAUUUCCUCUUAAAAUGAACAAAAUCACUGAUAAAGGAACUACAGACCAAAAAAUGAAAAAAACUAAAUAA